AUGCACUGUGCAUCCCACAGGACGCCAGUCAACUUUCUUCUCAUGAAUCUUGCCAUUGCUGACAUGGCUGUAGCAACGUUCUUUGCACCAAGGUAUCUCUUCAUCCACUCUAUAACUCACCCAGAGGGAACAGCUGGAUUACUUUUAUGCAAACUAUUGACGAGCGGAAACCUCGCCUGGGUUGGAGCUGCCUCUUCGGUUGUCACCUUGGUUAGCACCGCUUUUGAGCGCUAUUAUGCAGUGCUACAUCCUCUUGGAACCAAGGGAAACCUUACCGAGAACAAAGUCAAGGUGAACUCUCAUCCUUGUUUUUCUAAGUUCAUUAUUACCAAAAUGAUGUCCUUUGAGAAGGAGUCGAUCAUUACUGUGAUGAAGACUCAACAAAGCUUUAUACGGGGAGGCACCGCCCGACGUCCAUCCCGUCCUUUACUUUUUAUAUGCCAUUUUGGCAGACGGAAAAGGCACUCCUUUCGUGUACCUUCUAGUGACAAAUGGUACCCCUUCCACAUACCUGGUUUAGAGCCUCUGCACCCCUAGCUUUUAAAUACUGCUAAAUGCACUGUCUCAAAAAGUUUUCACGACCUUCUCAAAGCCAUAAAAUGCAUCUCUUGGUCCUUUUGGCCCUUUUUUCAGACCAGAGUGACAGAAUUCUAUACUUUUGCUAGUGAGCUCUCUACCUUUUCAUAUGCCUGAAGCCUGAUUAACUGAGGUACCCCUUUCGGUCAGAACCUCCCCGUAUGAGUCAUUACUGGGAGGACCUCCCCCCGGGUGAGGAACACGUUUUUAUUUCCUUAAGAAUGUAUACCAGUAUCUGACCAAACCUUCAAGAAGAUGCCAUUCAUGGGUUUGUCUUACUAGUUUGUUUAUCAGUUCGGGCCUUGGACGAACGAUCAUCCAAGAUAUACUAUUGCUGGCCUUUUCCUCCGAGCUUUGCAACGUUCUGAGAGACACCGGUAUCUAUAAACUAUAUAUCUAUGAACAAAAUUCGUGUUUGGUUUUGCUGAACUUGUCAACCUUUAGGGGAAUGUAACUCAUAAUUUAUAAUGAUCAGCUUAUUGCCCGCCUCAAAAUUUUAGCUGGGUAGAAAACAGCACCAAUCGUCUUCCUUGUGUUAUUUCAGGUGAUAAUUCCCUGUUCUUGGAUCUUUGGAGUUGUAAUCAAUAUCGUGGGGAUCCUGUGUGAUAACGUAAACGAAGAGAAAGCCUGUGCUCACAUAUGUCCCGAAGAAUGGAUGAACCGAGUGUAUAGUUCAACUUGGUUUCUGUUCGUAGCAUUUUUCCCAGUCUGUUUGAUGGCUACCCUUUACGCCCGAGUCGUGUACGCUUUAUGGUUUAAAAGCGAGAAUUCUACUGAAAACAGUGUCAGACAACAGGUUUGGAAACAUGGUCAUAUUGUCCUGUUUUCAUGUGUUUAGCGCUUUAGAUUCUAAGCUUACUCGUGGUUGUCCUCGUCUUAAGACGAGGACAACCACGAGUUCCCGCCAGCUUUUCUCAGUACUAUUAAGUAGUGCGCGCGCUUGAACCAGGGUCAUUUUGGCGGGAAAAGGUGAUAGCCUUCAUCAUUGUACUACGGGUUUUAGCGAAAAAUGAUGUAGUGACGGAAACAAGUUAUCAAAAUGCUAGAAGUUUUAAAAGUUUGCGAUCUGGAGAGGGAUUUACUUCCUCAAUAAACAUAGCCGUGAAACUAUUCUGGUGAAAUUAGCCUCUUAGAAUAAGGCGCCAAUAAUUAUCAGCCCGUAGCUUCUAAUAAGCUCCCAUCUACUAUAAAGAAAACGAGCACUGUAUGACGCUUACGUCUUACAAAUAACUUUUAUUAGACGAUGUCGAGACAAUGACAAUUCUGACCAUUUGUCUCUCUUUUGCAGGGUGUCAUGAAGAUAAGAAAGCGAGUGACCUUAAUGGUUUUAAUUGUCAGUGUGGUAUUUGCUGUUUGCUGGCUUACAGACGCCUCUAACUUUAUUCUGUCCGAUUUUUCUGUCGUACGCUUUUCCCUUCCAGUGGCGCUAACCAACACAUUGAUUUUGUUCAAUUCCGCUAUCAAUCCGAUUGUGUAUGCUUUGGUCAACCAGCGAUUCAGAAGGAAGUUCAAAAGUAUGAUCUGCUGUUUUAGUCGUCGAACAAGAAAUAUAGUAAAUCCAACAUUUCCAUUAACCAAUCCCACUCAGACGGCACUCUCACGUGACUGA